UGCAACAUCAGGCGCCAUUGCCUGUUUUCAGAGUACAGGGGAUUCCUUUCAGCAAUAUUCUUUCCCACCCAGUCCACUGUUUGAGCGGUCCAAACUGCAUAUCUAGCUGUUAUCGUCAGAGCUUUUGUUUAAUAUAGUUUCAUAUGACCACUCGUGCUUUGCUUUAUUAACUCUCUCUCGUAUGCAGCUGGGACGUGUUCCCGCCGCGGUGAGAUCGGCUUCAGCUGGUCGGUAAGGCAGAGCUUGUUAGCUAGCUUACAUUAGCCAACUGCUACCAGUAGAUUUAGGGCUUAUUUGCGUAGCUGCCCUGCCAGGUAAACCAACUAAAGCUGGAGACGCUGGGCAGUCACAAUGGUUUGGUCGGCUCAACCAAUUUUGAGGGUUGACAUUGAUAAAUAAUUAAUUUGUUUUGGGGAUAGAGCAACGCACCAUUGGCUUUUUGCGCAACAGGACAGGUUCGGCCCUUUCCAUUGCCACUAAAUACAAAAACGCAGUAGUUGUCUGUGUAGGCAGUUAGGCUACUUUAGCCGUGUUCGUAUAAACUAAACCGACAGCUGGCCACUCCAGAUUAUCUUGAAAGCCACACAACCAGUAUGGCACACCACGACCCCUCUCAUGUAGCCAGUUCACAGAAAGCACUAAUGUUGGAGAUGAAGAGCCUUCAGGAGGAGCCCGUUGAGGGAUUCAAAAUUACUUUGGUGGACGAAGCUGAUUUAUACAACUGGGAAGUGGCCAUUUUUGGACCACCAAACACUCAUUAUGAAGGGGGUUAUUUUAAGGCUCGGAUCAAGUUUCCUACAGACUACCCAUACUCCCCACCAGCUUUCCGCUUCCUCACCAAAAUGUGGCAUCCAAACAUAUAUGAGAAUGGAGAUGUUUGUAUUUCUAUAUUACACCCUCCAGUGGACGAUCCGCAGAGUGGAGAGCUGCCUUCAGAGAGAUGGAAUCCCACCCAGAAUGUCCGGACUAUUUUGCUGAGUGUGAUCUCGCUGCUGAAUGAACCCAAUACCUUUUCCCCCGCCAACGUGGACGCCUCCGUCAUGUACCGCAAAUGGAGGGACAGCAAAGGCAAAGACCGGGAAUAUGUCGAGAUCAUCAGGAAACAAGUGAUUGCCACCAAAGCAGAGGCUGAGCGUGACGGUGUCAAGGUGCCCACCACACUGGCCGAGUACUGCGUCCGCACUCGCGCUCCGGCCCCUGAUGAAGGCUCCGACCUCUUCUAUGACACCUACGAUGACGAUGACAUGGAUGGCGGGGAGGGCGAUUGCUGCUACGAUGAGGACGAUUCGGGCAACGAGGAGUCGUGACUGAGCGCCCAGUCUGGCUGACAUACGCUGUUCCCUUUUCUCUGCCCAGGUUGCCAGAUAUUCUAGGUUUACAACCAAGGAAGAUUGGCAGGUCCCUCCUUUAAACCAAUAAGAGCUUUUCUUCUUGAGCCUCUGACUUUACUUCCAAGGUUAAAAUUGAUGCCUCAUCGCAGAGAGGUCAGACCUGGUAAGAAACUGCACCAGCACAAAAAAAAAGAAAGAAAAAUCACCAGUUUCUUCAACUUUGUAAGCAAUCAUCACCUUUAACCUUACUUU